AUGUCUCCCAUCAGCCAUCUUGUCUCUGGACAAAAUAUGCCCAGUUCUUUCAACCUUUCCCCAGAUAUCUGCAGCUCCAAGGCCACUUGUAUCAACACAAUCGGGAGCUACCGGUGUAAGUGCUGGGCCGGCUAUGUGCUCUCCACCAGGAACUCAACCAUGUGCGAAGAACGUGACUCUCCGUUUCAAUGCCUCCUGAACAGCACCUCCCUCUGGGACAGCGGAGACAUGGACAGGUCGGCCGUCAUGGUCCUGCUGCAGAGCGUGGAACUGGCUGCACUGGCCACUGCGCUCCGGUCUCUGGAGAGAACAACACAGAACGUGACGACAGAGUCUCUGGCUAUCCAGAAGUGGCUCGUCACAGGGAACUGCAGCCAGCACAGCGAAGUCUUCAAGCUGAGAGCUCACGAGGAGACAAUGGACGUGCACAAUGAUGCAGUCACUGGGGUAGCCACACAAGGUUUGGAGACUGCUGCUUUUAUUUCCUACUCCAUCCUGGACUUCAUCAUCAGUGCAAGAUGUCUCAGCGAGGGAAAUCAACCAGGUGGUGGGAAGCCGGAGAAAAGUCACCUCAACUCCAGGGUGGUGAGUGGGGCUGUCGGAGACGGGAGACCCAUUCCCCUCUCCAGAUCCGCAGACUUCACCCUGUGCCACAGACAGGCCAAAAAAGAGGAGGAAGAGGCUCUCUGCAUCUACUGGAAAGUAGUGGCCGAGAGCGGCAGCUGGUCUCCGGACGGCUGCACCGUCGUGCACACAAACAGUACUCACACCACCUGCAGCUGUGACCAUCUCUCCAGCUUCGCCGUCCUAAUGGCUCCCAUCGCAGUGACGGAGAGUUCCCCACUGACCAUCAUCACCUACGUGGGACUGACCCUCUCCCUGCUGUUCCUCUUCCUCGCCAUCCUCACCUUCCUCCUGUGCCACUCCAUCCGCAACGUCAGCGUCUCCCUCCACCUGCAGCUUUGCCUCUGCCUCUUCCUGGCUGACCUGCUCUUCCUCACCCAGGUGACCCGCAUCCGCACUCAGGUGGCGUGUGCUGUCAUUGCUGGCCUCCUACACAACCUCUUCCUGGCCUGCUUCACCUGGAUGUUCCUGGAGGGGCUGCACCUCUUCCUCACCGUCAAGAAGCUGAAGGACGUGAAUUACACCAGCGCCUGCCGGUUCAAGAAGAGAUUCAUGUACCCGUUCGGCUAUGGAUUCCCAGCCCUGGUGGUGACUAUUUCUGCAGGGGUGAAUCCUGAAGGCUACGAAACUUCCACACACUGCUGGCUCAGCCUGGAGAGAGGCUUUCAUUGGAGCUUCCUGGGUCCAGUCUGUGCCAUAAUCCUGAUAAAUAUAAUGUUCUUUGUGCUGACCCUGUGGAUCCUGAGAAACAGACUCUUCUCCCUCAAUGCAGAUGUGUCCACUGUCAGAGACCACAGGUUACUGACCUUUAAAGCCAUCGCCCAACUCUUCCUUCUGGGCUGCACAUGGAGCCUUGGUCUCCUCCAAGUCGGCCCAGCAGCCAUGGUCAUGGCCUAUUUAUUCACCAUCGUCAGCAGCCUGCAGGGAGCCUUCAUCUUCCUGGUGCACUGUCUGCUCAAUGGCCAGGUAUUGCCCACGGCCCAUCAGUGCCUACCCAGCGCCUUCACCGGCCUG